AAAGUGUGGUUAUGUUGAUUGUUUUGAUUUCUGGACUUGUAGAUUUCUUGUCUUGUGGCAUAAAAUAUUGUGAAAAUUCUGGGGAAAUAUGUCUCUUGGAGGUUCAUCAAAGCGAGAAUAUCACAAAAUGGACUAUUCUCUGCGUGUACGAGACACUCUGCAGAGGAUUGAAACAAUGAUCAACACCCGGACGAAGCAGGAGCACAUGAUGGAGUUGAUAGCUGAGAUUUUCUGCGAGAAGCCACGAGAUCUUGACGUGCGGAAGUCUCAGAAUCAACUACUUCCUGCCACACUGUCGCUGAUCCAGGAACUCCAGCUCGUUGUGGUUCUCUGCGAAUACUUCCAGACUCCCGGAUCUGAGGCCACGCGAAAUGCCAUGUUUCUCUCACUCUUCGCCAGUCCCACGUCCAUCACGCGCAUCAAUGUGCUCGUGAAGCUGGUCAGCACGUCCGUCUCUGCCCUCAUUGCGCCCCUCUUGUGCGCCGCCGGCACGUGGAUGCAGCAAUUGGGCUGCACAUCGCAAUCCAGUCUCGAUCUGGCACAGAAUCUCGUCACGGAUUUCAUUGUGUUCGCCCAGAAGGCGUCAGAGCAACUCAAGUACCUUCCCCAAGUGGCUCCCCGCUUCACGGCGAACAUAAUCACGGCCGUGGCGGAGCUGUACCUCAACGAUAUGCACGACAGCGCUGCCGUGCCGCCGAAAAUCCUGCUGGAAACCUUCACGGAGUGGGUCUCCAGCAGCCCAGAGCUCUGUCUGUCCUCACAGAAGCCGCUGGUGUUGCCCUCGGGCGCCAUCGCGAUGCCCGUGCUCACGCCCUUGGCUGGGCUUAUUCGCUGGUGCGUGAUGGCGCCCCUGCUGGAUCCGGGGAAGUCCUACAGUCGGCUCCAUCUGGCCAUCAUUCAGUCCAUGCAGCAGACGCCGUCGCACACAGGCCCACCCACCGUCAUCAACGCCCAGCAUCUCUGCCUCAUCGUGGCCACGCUCGAGGGGAAGUGCGUGCAGAUCAGGAGGCCAGAGAACAAGUCCAAGGACACCGAGGAACGCUUCCAGCUGUGCCUGGAGCGAUUCGCCCAAGCCGUUCAAGUGGCUCUGAGCUCGCACUGCGUCUACGGCAGCAUUCCGCAGCUCCUGUGCCGCCUGGAGGCUCUGCCCCCGUGCACUCUCAUGCAGAUGGUCAUCAAGAGCAACAGACACACGUGAUAAGGCCGUUCGUGGAGCGAACGAACACUGAAUUGGCGCCCUUUUUGGGGGGUUCUUGGCAAACUCAACCAUGAUAGAGAAUAAAGCGAGGCAGUAUUGUGACUUAUUGCGUU